AUAUAUGAGUGACUACCCAAGGUGUUCUUAGAUCACAUCAGGCUGGAUAUCGAUUUUUACAGGAGGCUAGAAACAACUCCUCUUAGGCUUAUGAUGAUAAACUGACCCACUUACAAAGUGUUCAUCUUUAAUGCACUGGCUGAACUACACAGUUUGCUCAGAAUGAGAACAAGUAAGACCGAUUUGCCUUUUGGUCAAUUUGGAAUGUAGUCUUGUCACGGUCAGAAGCAACAUAAGUAAGUGACCAUGGGCUGUAACUGCAGUUCAGAGUAUGAUGACUGGAUUGAAAAUAUUGAUGAGUAUUGUGAACAUUGCAACUGCCCAAUUGCACCUGAAAGCAAAUAUGAGUACUCUGUGCCUCCAGAUGUGACAGAUGUGCUGGUGACCUAUGAUUCACGCUCACCGCCUACAUCCCCUCACCCUGAUAAUCUGGUUGUUGCCAUUUACAGCUAUGAACCAACACACAGUGAAGACCUUGGUUUUCAAAAAGGAGAUAAGAUGAAAAUACUCAGCAAAAAUGAAGGGGAAUGGCUUUUGGCACAGUCUCUGGCAACUGGAAAGACGGGUUAUGUCCCAUAUAACUUCAUCGUAAAGAUGGACACCAUGGAAACAGAACCAUGGUUUUUCCGAGAUAUCAGCCGGCUUGAAGCACAAAGGUUACUUCUGGCUCCAGGAAAUGCAGCAGGCUCCUUCCUUAUCAGAGAGAGUGAGACAACCCCUGGUUCUUACUCGCUGUCUAUAAGGGACUUUGACAGCAACCAAGGAGAUCACGUCAAGCACUACAAGAUACGUAACCUAGAUUCUGGAGGCUACUACAUCACCCCACGGAUUUCCUUCAGUACUCUGCGAGACCUGGUGCAGCAUUACACACGAAAUGCGGAAGGCCUCUGCACACGCUUGACCAAGCACUGCCAGACACGGAUGCCACAGAAACCUUGGUGGCAGGAUGAGUGGGAAAUUCCCAGAGAGACGCUGAAGCUUGAGACAAAACUGGGGGCUGGUCAGUUUGGAGAAGUCUGGAUGGGCAUAUACAAUAAUGACCGGAAAGUAGCCAUCAAGAGCCUGAAGACUGGCACGAUGUCUACAGCCGCGUUCCUGGAGGAAGCCAACCUAAUGAAAAAUCUUCAGCACCCGAAGUUGGUGCGCCUCUAUGCUGUGGUCACGCAGGAGCCCAUCUUUAUUGUCACAGAGUUUAUGGCAAACGGCAGUCUUGUUGAUUUUCUGAAAACAAGUGAAGGAUCCAAAUUAACAAUCAAUAUCCUCAUUGACAUGGCAUCCCAGAUUGCAGAAGGAAUGGCAUUUAUCGAGGCAAAAAACUACAUUCAUAGAGACUUGAGGGCUGCCAACAUUCUAGUCUCUGAAGACUUAAUCUGCAAAAUAGCUGACUUUGGGCUGGCCCGACUAAUUGAAGACAAUGAAUACACGGCGAGAGAAGGGGCUAAGUUUCCGAUCAAAUGGACGGCACCAGAGGCAAUCAAUUUUGGCACCUUCUCCAUCAAGUCAGAUGUCUGGUCAUUUGGAAUACUGCUGACUGAAAUCGUUACCUAUGGCCGAAUACCAUACCCAGGGAUGACCAAUCCAGAGGUGAUCCAAAAUCUGGAGCGUGGAUAUCGGAUGCCCAUCCCUGAAAACUGUCCAGAAGAGCUUUAUGACAUCAUGAAGCGCUGCUGGAAAGAGCUGCCAGAGGAUCGGCCUACUUUUGAAUACCUGAAAAGCGUUCUUGAGGACUUUUUUACUGCUACUGAAGCCCAAUAUCAGCAACAGCCCGUCUGAGUGUCAAGACACACUGGGUGACAGUGCUAGCUUUCUGUGGACACAGCAAAUAAAUGAUUCCACUGUAUAUUUUGAAUUAUUUUUAGUAUGCACCCAAUUCUUUAAUGACUAUUAGUCUUCCAAAACUGUGGUUUUCAGUAUUGAGAUGGAUUAUUGCUAAUAUCACUUUCAAUAUGUCAAUAUUACUGUAUACUGCUGUUUACUGUAUUUACUUUGAGUCGGCUAUUUUGCCUUUAUUCUUGAGUAUGACUUUCAUAGGCGUUAUUAAAAUAUCAUAUGAAGGUAA